CAGAGUGGCGCUUUCGACCACUUCUUCACGGACGCCAUACAGGCGGCGGCCAACGCCUGCCGAUCGUGGCCGGGCUAUGAGCAGUACGCCGCCUCACUGGAGACCUUCAAGGAAACUGCAGUGAGCAAGAUUACUGAGCUUCACGAUGCCAAACUGGGGGAGUUCAACGUCAUUUUGCACGGGGACUUCUGGAUCAACAACAUCAUGUACCACUACAACAGCAACGGCAAACCCAAAGAGACACGUUUUGUGGAUUUUCAGGUA